GUGUGAUAAGCAGCUCGAUCCUUAACCAGUGUCUCAGAAUAAUAGACAGGAUCAGUGCAAGCCACUGAAAACUGUCACAGGCCACUCCCGUGCUUUUGCCUUCACACAUAGUAUUUUAUGGAGUAUUUUCAGAAAUCAGUUGCUAAUCUGCUUUGUUUGUAUAAUACAAGCCACAAAUACCACUUGAGUUUUCUUGUGGAUGGUGUUGCCAACAUGUGAUUAAGACUCCGUUACCAUGAAGACAGAUUGAUUAAUAUCCCAUAAGGAGCAAUUCUGGACAUGAUAGGAAAGAGAAAACCUUAAGCAAGUAUUUGUUUAACAAGUAUUUAUAAUUUAGAUCAGGCCACUUACAGAAAUCAACUGUAGCGUUUUCAUAUAAAAAAUGUUAAAGGGCAGCUUAAAAGAGCAAUGGGGAAAUCUGAGUCUCCUGAGGUUUGUGUGGAAGUGUUUCCUCCUCUUUCUGAGGAUUUAGUGUAUAGCAGCAGAUGACCAGUCAGUCCUUAUCCCUUUAUCCCUGUGGUGGAAGGUGAAGAGUUACAGUUGUCCCAGGUGACAACAGAUGAGGCUUUAGAAAAUACUUAAAGAAGCAGAGCUUCAUUCUGCGUCACAAAAGCCUAAGAGUCUUUAACUGCAGGGAGAUGCUAAACCCUUCAGGGACAGGUCUUUAAUUCCAAUGGGAUGAUGGAGUAUUGGUGGAACUUGCUGAAUGUUCUAACUUUUUUUAAGCUAGCUCAGGUGCCAUCGUGUCAUUGCCAUGUACGGCAUCAGCUGCCAGUUUUAUGGAUUAUGCCACUCAACGGAGAGCCAAGGAAGGGCAACAUUACAGCAGAGGUUUUACCUGCGGUCCAGCUAGCAUUGCAUCAUUUGAGCGAGCAGCCACCUCCUUUGGGCAACUAUGAGCUUCAGUUUCACCUCACAGACUCUGAGUGUGACAGAGCCAAAGCACUGAAAUCUUUUUUUGAUGCCACAUUCUACGGCCCCAAACCUCUCAUGAUUUUUGGAGGGGUGUGUUCUUCAGUUACGUCCUUCAUAGCCCAGUCAUUGGAGGGUUGGAACCUUGUGCAGCUGUCAUUUGCCGUAACAGCCCCUUCACUGGCUAACAAAAGAAGAUUUUCGAACUUCUUUCGUACUGUUCCAUCAGACAGUGCUGUCAACUUGGCACUUGUGAGGUUUCUCAGGCAUUAUGGAUGGAGUAGAGUUGGCACUUUGACCCAGCAUGAGCAGAGGUUCACAGAGGUACAGAGUGAUUUAAGCAGACAUCUCGAGGUGGCUAACAUCCAGCUUGCAGAGGCAGAGAGCUUCUCUGAUGCCCCCUGUGCCAGUGUGAAAAAACUAAAGGACAAUGAUGUGAGAAUAGUGUUUGCUCAUUUUGAUGAGAGCUUAGCAGCUGAAGUCCUUUGUUGUGUGUAUAAUCUCAGCAUGUAUGGCACCAAGUACCAGUGGAUUCUGCCAGACUUGUCCCAGAGUAGCUGGUGGACCUACACUGGGUCCACCAACUGCACUGCUAAUAACAUACUGACUGCCAUGGAGGGAUCCAUCAAUGCAGAUUUUGAGACUAUUAGCUCCAGACACAUCAGAGGAAUCUCUGGUAGGACACCUCAGGAGUAUGAGAGGGAGUAUGAUGAAAGACGACAGAUCAAGCAUCUGGGUGCAAGCAAGUUUCAUGGCUUUGCUUACGAUGGUACAUGGGCAAUUGCCAAAGCUUUGGCAAGAGUCAUGGAGACUGUGAGGUACAGACAGAGAUACAGCAUUUAUCGCAACUAUACAGUCACUGACCAAGAAUUGGGAGAAAUGAUUCUGCAGGCCAUGGACAAGAUCAACUUCUUUGGUGUGACAGGGCAUGUUAUGUUCUAUCAAGGUGAGAGAGUCGCCAAUGUGGAGUUUGCCCAAUAUCAAGAUGGCAAAGCUGUCAAGAUUGGAAAAUACAGUGCUAGCACAGACGAACUAGAGUUCAUCAGUCCAAUCAAAUUUCAAGGGAAUGAACCCACAAACGAUCGAACCCAUGUGUACCCUCAGAAAAAACGUGUCAGUAUAUUGCUCUAUGGUAUCAUGGCAUUUCUGACUCUCUUAGGAAUUCUUACAGCUUGUUUUCUCCUAGUCUUCAAUGUGAAAAACUACAAUCAUUGGGCCAUUAGCAUGUCAAGCCCUUUUUUGAACUCUUUAAUAAUUCUUGGUGCUGUGUUGUCUUAUUCGUGCAUCUUCUUCCUGGGGCUGGAUGGGUCUUAUAUUUCUAAUGGAGUAUUUGAAGCUUCUUGCUCUGUACAAAUAUGGCUUCUGUGUAUUGGGUAUACAGCAGUGUUUGGGACCAUGUUUGUAAAAACAUGGAAAAUGUAUGAUGUCUUCAAAAAUGACAAAAAAACAAUCACAAAGGAGUACAGGCUGAUUCUAGUUGUUAUGUUCCUUCUGUUGAUUGACCUGAGUUUGUUAAUUUGUCUGCAAAUUUUGGAUCCUUUGAGGAGGACCUUACAGGAGUAUCGUAUAGAGGCUGACCAUCAUGGGCGAGACUUUUCCAUUCAGCCAUUUUCAGAACGCUGUGCAAACACGUACAUGGGUUACUGGAUGGCUGCUUUCUGUAUUUAUAAGGGGAUACUCCUGCUGAUUACCUGUUUCCUGGCCUGGACGACACGCAAUGUGAACAUUCCUGCCGUAAAUGACAGCAGGGGAAUCAGAUUCAGUUUGUUUGUGUCUUGCCCAGUGAUUCUGAUGGGCACAUAUGCAUCCAUACUUACCCAAGAUCAGCCAAAUGUACAGUUCUCUAUCGUGGGCCUUGUAAUCAUCACAUCCUGUUCCAGUACUCUGUGUAUGGUGUUUGUUCCAAAGAUUAUCAUCAUAAGGAUGGGUCCUGCAUCCUUGUCUAGAAGGUUCCAUCUCACCCAGUGGCAUGAGAUAGAGAAGGAGAGUGAACGAGAGAGUGAAGAAAAUAACACUGUGGAGCAGAAAGACUCAGGAGCAUAUGACUAUGAGGCAGAUAUCAUGGAAAACAUCUCUUCCAUCCAUGUCAUUCUACGGUUGGAUAACCAACACUUCAAACUACGCAUUACAGAACUGGAUUCUGAACUGGAAGCUUUGACUAGGCAACUGAAUGAACCAAAUCCUAUGGAGAAUAUCUUUGUCGGAAGUUCUGUUCACAAAGGAGGCAAGAAGAAAUGUCUAACUCUCCCUGCAGCCGAAUGUCUACCGGAGGACAUUAACUCUCCUGAACACAUUCAGCGUAGACUCUCUCUGCAAUUACCCAUUUUGCACCAUGCCUACCUCCCCUCCAUUGGAGGAGUGGACUCCAGUCCUCUGAAUAGCCCUUGUGAAAGCCCACAGCAUAGGCAGAUGCCCAAAUCAUAUGAUAUUAUGGUGUCUUGAGGGUCAUGAUUUGCUACCAUAGCACUCAAAGACAUGGUAACAAAAUGCAUGUAAGCAUCCAUGUGUAUUUUACAACAUACCUGUUAUUUCGCUAUCAGCCCAACCCAACUUGUAACCUCAAAACUUGUGGUUUAAAUGCACAAACACAUAUGAGUAAGCAUCAUAUUUGAAAAGAACUUAUUAAUGGCAUAUACUGUAUAUUGUAUACACCGAUCAGCCACAACAUUAAAACCACAUGCCUAAUAUUGUGUAGACCCCCCACGUGCAGCCAAAACACCGUCAACCCGCAUCUAAGAAUAGCAUUGUGAGAUGAUAUUCUUCUCACCUCAAUUGUACAGAGCGGUUAUCUUAGACUUUGUAAGUUCAAACCAGUCUGGCCAUUCUCUGCUGACCUCGUAUUUCUGUAACUGAUGAUCUCCUGGGAUUUUCACACACAACAGUCUCUAGAAUUUACUCAGAAUAGUGCCAAAAAUAAAAAUAAAUACACUGAGCAGCAGUGGAUUUGAUAAGAGAGGUCAACAGAUAAUGGCCAGACUGGUUUGAACUGACAAAGUCUACGGUAACUCAAAUAACUGCUCUGUAAAAUUGUGGCGAGAAGAACAUCAUAUCAGAAUGCUAUUUUGAGAUGCGAAUUGGUGCAGAUUUGGCUGCAUGAAGGGGACC